AUGUCGUUUGGUAGGUUGUAUGCUCGGCUCACGAACAAUUACUGCAUUGUGGCUCAGGGUCCGAACGAAAACUUUUACUCGGUCUUUGAGGCGGAGUUGGCGGACCGUAUCCCGGUGGUAAAGAGCACGAUUGGAGGCACAAGCUUGAUUGGUUCAUGUACGGUGGGCAACUCCAAAGGUCUAUUAGUUUCCUCUACCACCACUGACCAAGAGCUGCAGCAUCUGCGGAACUGUCUGCCCGAGUCCGUGAAAAUCCAACGGGUUGAGGAACGGCUCUCCGCAUUAGGCAAUGUCAUUGCCUGUAACGACUACGUGGGGUUAAUCCAUAUGGAUCUGGACCGUGAAACCGAAGAAAUCGCACAAGACGUUCUGGGCAUAGAGCUCUUCAGAACCACUAUUAACAACGAAGUACUCGUCGGCCAGUAUUCGGUACUCACUAACCGAGGGGGCAUCGUCCAUGCCAUGACCUCCAAACACGAGGUUGAUGCGCUGAGCCAAAUGCUCCAAAUCCCCCUCGCCGCAGGCACUAUCAACGGGGGCUCCGACCUCCUUGCCGCCGGCGUCGUAGUCAACGACUGGGCAGCAUUCGUCGGUCAGGACUCCACCUUCGCAGAAAUGUCCGUUGUUGAACAAAUAUGUGCGGCCGCCAACCGUUCUUAA